UAGCAUACUCGUGUUUUAUCGUUUCGUCAUUCGUUAAAGUCAAAAUAAUGGAACUUAAUAAAGAGAAACGUGGAAAAUGUACUUUCGAAGACGCUUUAGACAUUAGUGGAUUUGGCAAAUACAACUACAGUAUGCUUAUACUAUGUUGUUUCUUGAUCCUGGCGAUGUACAUCGACAUCUUCGGGUUCUCGGUAUUAUUACCUAGUGUAUCCUGUGACAUGAGCCUCACGACUGCCCAACAAGGACUGCUAUCAGCUGUUCCGUUGAUAGGUAUAAUGGUAUCUUCGUAUGCCUGGGGACUCUGUGCAGAUACUAUGGGAAGACGAAAAACCCUACUAAUUGCUAUGCCCAUUGGCGCCCUCUUCAACUUAGUAGCAAGCAUAGCUCCUAAUUAUAUCUCGCUUUGCGUACUGAAGUUUUUUUCAGCGGGAUUCUCGUCGUCAGCUAAUGCUGCUGCUUUCGUUCUACUCGGGGAAACUAUUCCUAGAGCUCAUAGAAGCCGUUUCAUGUUUCUAAUGGCGAGCGCCACCAUGGUUGGACAGCUCGCUAUCUGCAUUCCAGCUCUACCAGUCUUUCAACUAAAAUUCCACAUUGAAGUGCCUGCGUUAGCCAUGGAGUACCGGCCAUGGCGACUACUGAUGCAGAUCCUCAGCAUUCCGGGCUUGGUUGGAAUCACUGGCAUGUUUUUCCUUAACGAAAGUCCCAAGUUUCUUCUCAGCAAGGGCUUAGAGGAUAGAUCGAUAGACGUAUUGAAAAACAUGUACCAUUAUAACACAGGGUUGGACCAUGAUAAUUAUCCGGUGAAGUCAGUGUGCUUAGACAAUUCUGAAAUAAAAUGGACUACUGAUACUUCUUUCCUGCGACGAAUGUGGAAUCAGACGGCGCCGUUGUUCAAGCCACCACUUCUGAAGAACUCCUUGAAGCUGUAUUGCAUUUUACUCUGCGCUUAUAUGACAUCUACCGGUUUCACGAUGUGGGUGCCGACUAUGACGAAUGCUUACUUCAACGGUGAUGAUGUCACGGGCAAAACGUUCUGCGAAGUCGCCAGCGCAGCAGUUCGACGUUCUUCACAGUAUGCUCGUGUUACAUCCAAUGUUACCAUCGAUUGUGAUAACGUAUUCAAGCCGAUGACACUCUACGCCGUGAUGGUUUACUCGGGACUCUGUGGACUCCUGAACCUUGUUCUCACGUUCAUCGUAGGUUACCUCGGCAAGAAGAAAACCACUCUCCUGGUCUUCAUAGUCACGGUCACCUGUGGGAUAUUUCUUCUCUUCGUGAGGAUACCAAUGCUCAGCAUAUUCCUAUUCUACAUGUUCCCAUAUGUGGCUUUGAUCUUGGGAAACAUAAACACCUACUUAGUUGAGCUGAAUCCCACUUAUUUAAGAGGCAUGGCGACGUGCCUGUCGGUGGUGGUGGCGCGCGGCUUCGGCUUCGUCAGUGUGCAGCUCAUCGCCACGCUGCUCGUUGACCACUGCACGCCCAUGAUGUCCGGGUACAUCGUGCUAGUACUCAUCGGACUAGCUACAGCGUGCCUCUUGCCUCCAGACACGAAAGCAACCACAGAAACAUUACCGACAACACAAAACGAACUGAUUUUAGGCAGCAAUGACAGUUUAAAUACUAUCGAUCAAAGAAAAGAAAGACAUUCAUGAACUUAACACAACUCUUGUUUUUUUUUUUAUUCAAAUAAAAAAAGGACCUGUACAAUAGCUAAAUUUAAAGGUUAAAAACUCGAGUGAAUCUAAAAAGAAUAUUUUUUUUAAUGAUAGAGCACUUGUGAAGUGAAUAAUUAGUACAAUCGUACUUACCAUAUUGAUGUGAUAUUGAUAUUGGUGACUUUGUACUGAAAAAAGUAUUGUCAAUGGAACAUUACCAAGUGAGCAGAAGUGAGCAGUUCGUAUCGUCGACGCUACUAAGGCUGAUGAAAAUGCCCUUGUGCCGGCGCCACACACUAAUUGAUCAGAUGAAAAAGCGUCUAAUGAAAAACAAACAAGUAUUAAAGAUAUCCAUCCCAUAAUAAUUGAUAAAGAACAAAAAUUUCAAAAUUAGUUGCAUUGAAACAUUGCUUUUUCGAUCAAAUUUUUGAUGUUUCCGCAAAUAUUACAUAAACGUGCCAACUACACAUGGACUGAUUCCAAAUAUCAAUCUCUGAAGUUAAUCUAUAUAGUGCUGUGAAAUUGAAAUUAAUUAGUGUAAAUUGUAUUGUUGAGUGCGUGCGACCUAUUGUUGUGAGUGACUGUAAUGUUGUGUCAGA